AUGGGCUCACCAGUCGUCUCGCAACUUAGCCAUGACUAUUCCUUGUUAAAGUCGAGUACGCCCGAGGCUCGCAAUCCCCAAUAUAGACAUGAUACAAGUACAUGCAAUAUCAAUCAACCCGCUCCCAUUGUUGACGUACGAAAAUUCGCCAAUCCGGCUCCGUUGGGUCUAUGUGCUUUCGCGCUUACGUCUUUUCUGUCGAAUUGCAUAAAUCUCAAUGUGGGAGGCAUUCAGGCUUCGGGUAUUAGUGUUUCGCUGGCUUUGAAUUAUGGGGGUAUUGCUCAGGUUUUGGCUGGGAUGUGGGAAAUGGCCGUUGGCAAUACCUUCGGUGCAACGUCUUUCUGCUCUUAUGGCGCCUAUUGGAUUACGUUUGCUCUAAUUUCGGACCUUGAGCCUACCGAUUCUGCGAAAGGUGCUGGUGGGACUUGUCAUAAUGAGACGUUGAUGGGAUUAUUCAUGCUGGCCUGGUUCAUUUUCACAACCUUAAUGCUCCUCUGCACACUACGGUCCAGUCUUGCAAUGUUCCUCUUAUUCUUCUUCCUGGACAUGAACUACCUCCUACUUGGCAUUGCACAUAUCCAAUGCAGCUCCCACGGCGAGGUUCUUAUUGCAGUUCAAAAAGCCGGCGGACUGUGUGGUAUAUUUGCUGCCUUUGCUGCGUGGUGGAAUGCCUUUGCUGGUAUCGCGGAUACUAGUAAUGGCUUCUUUACUGUGCCCCUUGGUCACUUCCCUUGGUCGCCUAUUGUUCAUGCUCACCGGGCAAAGGCGAAGGAGGUAUGA